AUGGAUUUGUUGAUGGAUCGAUUUGAUCUUGAAGAGGACCUGGAGAAUCUCAUGAAUGACGUAAACAAGGAGAUUGCUGAUAAGGAGUUUGAGAAAUUAUUUCUCGAGGAGAUGUCACGUGGAUUGCCUGAACUUAGGGGGAUCAAGCAUAAGAUUGACUUCAUUCUGAGAGCGAUCAUUCCAAACCGUCUAGCGUAUAAGACUAAUCCUAGCAAGGCCGAAGAGAUACAAAGGCAAGUUAAUGACCUUCUUGACAAAGGGGCUAUAAACAAGAUAACUAUUAAGUAUAGGCAUCCAAUUCCUAAAUUAGAUCGCAACUUUCACGAAAGAGCCGAUAUUCAUCUCCCGAAUAGCAACAAGGCUGGGAAAGACGUAAAUUAUUGGGCUCCUCCUUCUCCUGACUGGGUAAAGAUAAACGUAGACACUGCCUGCAAAUUAUCAAAUUCAAGAACAGGAAUUGGGGUGGUUUGCCAAAAUGACAAAGGAGAAAUUAUUGUUGCAAUGAUAAGGAAAUUAGAUGUGUUUUAUGAACCUUUGCAAGUUGAGACAUUGGCUAUUCUUGAGGGUUUAUGGCUGACUCAAUGUCUCGACCUCAUAUUUGUGCAGGUGGACUCCGAUUCGCAGAACUCGAUCAACCUCAUAUCGCAGGAGUAUGAUCCUUCUCACCAACCUAAUGUAUGGGUGGAUGACAUUCACAUGUGUGCCAUAAAUUUCAUAGAUAUUCUCUUCAUGCAUAUUCAAAGAUCUUCAAGUAAUGUUACUCAUCGUUUGGCUUCAACUGCAAUUUCGUCAAAUCCAAACAAAAUCUGGAUCUCUAGAUUCCCAAAUUGGCUUACUGUAGAAGCUAGAUGA